AUACUAAUAGCCAAAGCUCUUUCAGCGGUUCACCCCACAACGCUUCAAACCUCUGCUUGCUUCCCCUGUCUCUAUAUUCCGGUGGCCGGAACCGCGCUUGAGCAACCGUCUCUCUCUCUAUCUCCUCAGCGUCUGAUCUGGUUUCCCUGAGCUAAAACUCCGUCUUCCAUACAGCUCGAUCUUCGCGUUUUCCCGCACCAUUGACUUCAGUCAAAACAGGCGGACUGUGCCGUAAGCAUCUUUGCAAGUGGGGCCGGAGAAGGAGCAGGAUCCGGCGGCGGUAGAAUCGGUUUAUGUUGUAGACGUGGGGCAUUUGGACGGAAAUGCCUCCUCCCGGCGGGGAAGGAACAUUGGAAUGAUGAGCUCAGCUGGUGACGAAGAAGAGGAAGACGAGUGCUUUCACGAUUCCUUUGACCGGCUCAUCUCGUCGUCCAACACCUCUUGCUCUUCCUCUGCUUUACCUUCCGAUGAAGAGGAGGAUCGUUUUCUUUCUCACUCAGGUUCGCCCAAUUAUGCUUGCCCUAAUGCGCUUUCUAUUCCUUGCUUCCCCGUGGGUGCUUCUGACAACUAUGAUGUCUGGAUCUCUGAACCUUCCUCCGUCGAUGAACGCCGCCUCAGCCUCCUCCGCAGAAUAGGUCUCAACCGUGACCCUUCUAUCCUGCGCCAUCGACCCUCACUCUCGGCAGCUGAGGGCAGCAGUCCGGGUGACGCAAAGGACUUUUUUGGCGAAUCGGAGUGGUCAGAUCAUUUGAGGAGCGGAAUUGACAAGGGUGAGCAUUGUCUUACUCCUGAGAGUAAUAAUUCCAGAAGUAGUAAUAAAAUCAGUAGGGUACCUGGGGUUGUACGGUCGAAGUCUGAAUGCAAUCGUCAUUCCUCCCAUUAUAGGUCCAGUUCUUCCUCGCCUGUAAUUCAUAGAAGUACUGAUAAAGCUACCAUUGGUUCUAUUCAUCCAUGGUCCUCAGAGGCCGAUGCAGCCAGUGUUGUUGACCCUGUAGCUGUAAAUACUAGUCAAAUCCAUAGUCUAAGUGUCAGUGAUGUCUAUCAAAUGAAAACAGGUAUUGGAUCGCCACUAGCUGAUUCUGUUUCACAAAAGACACCCACCGGCUGUAAUUUUGGAAAUGUAGAGGAGGCUCUGAGGUCUACUUUAGUUGAAGAUGCAUUUGAAACGCCUGUGUGCAUAAUAAAGGAUCUUGAUAAUGGGAAGGCGUUUGUGGUGAAUGAAGUGAGUGAAGAUGGGACAUGGAACAAGCUUAAGGAACUAGGGACAGGGCGGCAGUUGACAAUGGAAGAAUUUGAGAUAUGUGUCGGGACGUCUCCCAUUGUUCAAGAACUGAUGAGAAGACAGAAUGUAGAGGAUGGUGGUAAGGAUGGUUUGAAUUCCAACUCAAAUGGGGGCAGUGGGAGUGGAUUUAAACUGAAGAGAACUGGAAACUGGUUGAAAAACAUCAAGAAUGUGGCUAACUCUGUUGCUGGUUACAAGGAUUGGCUUGGUAGUGAUGAAAAGGAUGCAUCAUCUCAUUCAUCUGAAAAGGGUGGGAGAAGGUCAAGUUCUGCCACAGAUGAUAGCCAGGAUGUUUCUUUUCAUGGACUGGAGAGAGUUAAAGUUCGGCAGUAUGGGAAGUCAUGCAAAGACAUAACUGCUCUCUACAAAAUUCAGGAAAUCCAGGCACAUAGUGGGUCCAUCUGGAGUAUGAAGUUCAGUUUGGAUGGGAAGUAUCUUGCAAGUGCUGGUGAGGACUGUGUGAUACAUGUUUGGCAGGUUACAGAGUCAGAGAGGAAGAAUGACUUGUUAGAUAAACCAGAAGAUCCUAACACGAAUCUUCUUUUAUUGAUGAACGGGUCCCCAGAGUUGGCUUCUAUCUCACCCAAUUUUGAUGGCCACAUGGAGCGGAAGAGAAGGGGAAGGCCAUCCAUAAGUCGAAAAUCAGCAAGUUUUGACCAUGUUGUGAUGCCAGAAACUGUAUUUGCACUAUCUGAGAAACCCACUUGUUCCUUUCAGGGACAUCUGAAUGACGUUCUGGAUCUUUCAUGGUCCAAAUCUCAGCAUUUGCUCUCUUCUUCAAUGGACAAAACAGUGCGGCUCUGGCACUUGUCUAGCAAUUCAUGUUUAAAGAUCUUCUCACACAGUGAUUAUGUAACCUGCAUCCAGUUUAAUCCUGUUGAUGAUAGAUACUUUAUAAGUGGAUCACUGGAUGCUAAGGUUCGCAUAUGGAGUAUUCCUGAUCGGCAAGUUGUUGAUUGGAACGAUCUUCAUGAAAUGAUCACUGCUGCAUCAUACACACCGGAUGGUCAGCGCGCACUGGUUGGAUCAUACAAGGGGAGUUGCCAUCUAUACAACACAUCAGAAAAUAAAUUGCAGCAAAAGGAUCAUAUUAAUCUGCAGAAUAAGAAGAAGAAAUCCCAUCAAAAGAAAAUCACUGGCUUUCAGUUUGUCCCUGGAAGUACAACGGAAGUGCUAGUGACAUCUUCAGAUUCUCGAAUUAGAGUCAUUGAUGGUGUUGAUCUUGUUCACAAGUUCAAAGGAUUCCGCAACACAAAUAGUCAAAUUUCAGCAUCUCUCACAGCAGACGGAAAGUAUGUGGUAUGUGCCAGCGAGGAUUCAUGUGUUUAUGUUUGGAAACAUGAAGGCCCUUCUCGACCAGGAAGAAACAGAGGGGUUACUGUUACACAAGCUUAUGAGAAUUUCUAUUGUCAAGAUGUUUCAGUUGCUAUUCCUUGGCCAGGGAUGUCUGGUACUUCUCGAUUUCCUAUCAACUCUUCCACAGGACAAAAUGGCCGUUCUAUUAAUAGUCACGAUGAGGUGCUAGCUACAAAUCAUCCGACAACCCCUGCUGAAGAUACUAAUGGAACCAUAUCUAGUGCCAUGAGCAGCUACUUCUUUGAUAAAAUGUCAGCAACAUGGCCCGAGGAAAAAUUAAUCUCAGCUACUAAAACUAGUAGGCGUGCUAAGGUGGAUGCCAGUAUUGACAUCACCGGAGGCUUAAAUCAAAUAAAACCUGCGUGGGGCUUGGUGAUCUUGACUGCUAGUGUACAUGGGGAAAUCAAGACUUUCCAAAACUUCGGGUUGCCUUUCCGGAUUUAGAGGAUGGGAAGAUUGAACCCUUGAGGAUUGAUGGAGGUGCUUAUUACUUCAUCCCACAAUCUAGUACAUGAAAUCUGUACAUAUAUUGGUGAAAUUCCAAUACUAUACCUUUUUUUCCUUGCUCUUGUUCCAGUUGGAUCUGGAAUUUGGCAUUACAGGGCUAUAAAACAAAAGUAAUUCAGGAAGUGAUUAGCGAAGGAGUGGUAGAAAGAUAAACCCAAUUUAAUUACCUUUCUUUGGCUGUAAUAGGCAAUUGUAGAGCUCAAAAGUUUAUCAAGUCAAAGAAAAUUCAUUAGAGUUUGGUCUACAUGGCUGUCUUGAGUACAUGUUGGUGUGGAUGGGAUGGAUGAUUCUAAGGUAAGUUAAUAGUUACCCUGUAUCAUUAAUUAGGUUAAAUCAAACUGGC